AUGGCCGCGGGCGAGGAGGGCGACGGCGCCCCGGACGCCCGCCCGCCGCCGCCGCCGCCGCCCGCCGCCGCGCUGGCCACCAGCGGCGACGGGGCGUCUCUGGCGGGGAUGUGGUCGGCCUUGCUGGUGGCGCUGGUGGCCGCCUUCAUCGCCUGGCUCUGGUACGGAGGCGGCGACGGCGCCCAGGAGAAGGCGGCGGCUGCCGAGGCCGAGGGCUCGCCGCAGCGGGACGCGCCGGCUGCGAAAGAGCCACUUCAGAGCCAUUAUGAAAGUGUCAUUUCUGCAACAAAGGCCAAUGAUGUGUCCAGUCCUCAUGAGGCAGUGGGGAACCAGGUGGAUCUUCCAGGAGAACACAGUGCUCCCAACAGUGCUGCCAGUGUUGCUGAACAGUCUUGCGAAACAGAGCCGCAGGUCAAGGAGCCUACAACUCCCUUAAUGAACUACAAGGAAUAUCUAAGGGGUGAAGCAUUCAAUUAUCCUACAACGGCAUCUGAACCAUUGCAAAGCCAAGAAGCUGAAAUGCAUGGCACGGGCACGUCUCCAGAAACAAGCACACCUAAUGACAAGCAUGAAGAAAGGUGCAAAGAACCGCUGUGUCGUAAUUCAGUUGAUCGUGAGGAAUGGGAAAUGGUCCCUGAGCAUUCCGUGUGGGGCGAUGCAACCAGGAAGAGCAGCGUGGACGAUGCCAGCAGCAAGGACCCAGAGCAAGCCAAGAGGGUUGCAGCCGUGUCUCCAAUGCCUCAGACUGUCCAUGUGGUUUUCCGUGUGCACUACAUCACUCACUCGGAAGCCCAGCUGAUUGCUGUCACAGGUGACCAUGAGUGUCUAGGCCAGUGGCAACACUAUGUACCACUCAGGUGUGACAAGGAUGGGUUCUGGUCAGACUCUGUUGUCCUACCUGUUGAUACCAGAGUUGAGUGGAAGUUCAUACUAGUGGAGAAUGGGAAGGUCAGAAGAUGGGAAGAAUGUGGCAAUCGAACCCUAAUAACGGAGCACGAGGAUCGAGUGGCCCACAAGUGGUGGGGAUAUCACUGAACAGGAGCUCUGGCCAAACAUGGAGGCUCCCAUUUUAUUCCAUUUGUUUAUAGGUGUUUCCUGGUUUUUUGCCCACCAUAGUAUUUUAUCUCUGCUGCAUGUUUUGCCAGAACUGCCUUAGAGUAAAGUCUCUCUUCUGCUAGCCUAGGCUUUAAGACACAAGGAUACUUUGCAGAUUGAACCAGACCAAAGCAAACCUAGUGACAGACACAUCAGGUCUCUCUAGUGAGUAGCGUUUCAGAACGGCUCACUGCUUUAAAAGCUUUAAACCCCCUAUGCUUGAGGAUUGUACUGUGUGAGGAGACAGGAGUAGCAACCAUGGACACUUGACCGACAGAAUGGGAGAGGUGUAGUUAAACUACGCUGUAACAAUGCUCUUAAUUUAUCGUGACUAUAUAAGAAAGCAAUAAAGAUGAUUUUUAGACUGA